AAUCAUAAAACUAUGGUAAAUAAUUUGCUACGAAGAAAAAAAUGUGAGAGACAGACAGAGAGGUUAAUAAAGAGGAAGACGCCAAGUAUAAGCCACCUACCGGUUCCCGUCAUACACGGCUCACGUUAGCCUUGUUCCAACCAUGAAUACGGUGGCGUGUUGGCUUGGUCCUCGAAACCAACCACUUUCUUCUCUCUCAUCUUCCACUAUUAUUAUUCCACGUGUCGUUAUCAUCCUCCACGACGGUGCCCCCACCACCCUCCGCCACCACCGCAUAAAGCGUUUUCCUUUAAUUACCAAACUCUGCUAAUGCACGCUUCUAUCUAACACCUUAUCCUCCGCCUUCCACCUUUAUCAUGCGCCUCCCCUCCACUCUCUCUCUCUCCCUCUCUCUCUCCCUUAUCUCCUUAUUAUUACGUGAAGUCGCCGCCGCGUAAAAGCCAUCGAAUCACAACCGUUUCUCUUCACGAGAUCUGACAUUAUUUAAAAUCCUCAAAAGCUCUGAUCUUGUCUGAACCGAUCCAUGUCGGAUCCCGAUUCUCCGUUAGAACAAGAUCCGAUCCAGGAUCCGUUACCCGCGCGUAACCAAUCGUCUCCGCCGCAACCAGACGAUUCCGUUACAGAUCUGAAAAUCGCCUCCUCCACACCCGCGUCGGCGUCCAAGAACUCGAGGCGGUUGCCUCCGCCGUGCUGGUCUCUGGAGGAGACGACCGCGCUCAUCGACGGCUACCGAGACAAAUGGCACGCUCUCAACCGCGGGAACCUCAAGGCGAACCACUGGGAGGAAGUCGCGGAAGCGGUGGCCGGCAAUUGCCCCGACGUGACGCCGAGGAAAACCGCCGUUCAGUGCCGGCACAAGAUGGAGAAGCUGAGGAAGAGGUACCGCACGGAGAUCCAGAGGGCGAGAUCCGUGCCGGUGGCGAGGUUCGUAUCGUCUUGGGUCCAUUUCAAGCGAAUGGAAGCCAUGGAGGAUCGGCCGGGGAGCAAGCCCGGCGGUGGAGAGGAGGAAAGAGACGAAGUUUAUGGAGGAGGAGGUUCUGUCGGAAGGACAAGGGCGAUGUUUUUUAAUAGGAAUGGUACCGCCGGAGGGAGUAGCAGCAGCGGUGGUGGGAUCAGGAUUCGGAUACCGACGGGAGUGAGUAUAGCGCAGCCGGGACCGAGGUUUCCCGGUAAGAUCGAUCCGAAAUACACGGCGAGUGGAAGUUCGAGACUUGGUCGUGUCGGAGCAGGAUCCAGUUAUGGAGCUAGGGGUGUGAGAAUUGAAGGAGGAGGAGGAAAACGUGGGAGGGAGAUGAUGAUGAGUACAGAGGAGGAGGAGGAGGAGGAGGAGGAGAGGGAGGAGACUGAUGAUCCAAUGGUGGAGAUAGCGAGUGCGAUCAAGCAACUUGGAGAUACGUUGUUGAGAACAGAGGAGAGGAAAACGGAGAUGACGAGAGAGAUCGAAGCGAUGAGGAUGGAUAUGGAGAUGAAGAGGACAAAGAUGAUAUUGGAAUCUCAACAACGAAUUGUUGAGGCUUUUGCUAAAACCAUGUCUGAAAAUUUGGAGGAGAAGAAGAAGAAAUCAAGAAGAGUUUCUUCCUUACCCAACGACUCUUGAAUCUUUUAUGUACUCUUGUUUUUUUUUUAAACAUCAUUAAUGUAUGUUGAACUUUAUGUUAUAAAGUAGGGAGUUUUAAAGCUUA